GUUACAACUUCAAUCUCAAUCAUUUUCUAAAAGUCAACAGCAACAGAUGGAUGGUUGAGCUCUUUUUUGGGAGGUCAAUUCUGCCUGUUACCAUUUGCCCAAUUUGAAGUAGUUUUUUUGGGUCUUUGGUGGUCUAAUUGGUACAGCGAAGUCCAGUUGAGCUAAGCUCAUGGGACAGUUUUACUUUUGUUAUUAGUAGUAACUUUCAGUCCCGAGAAUAUGCUGGAGACAGAUAUUUUAAACCGACACUAAUUGUUGUUCCCCACUGGAUUUGACUUUUGCAGAAGCUUCUCUUUUAGAUAAUCUUAGCUGGAUGCGUUGCAUCAAGUACAAGAAUUAAGUUUCAGGUUAUUGCGUGCCCUUGCUUCUAAUCCUUAGAUUAGACAAGAAGAAUCUGUAACUAAACUUGUAAUUCUUAAUUUGGGGAAGAGCCAGCCACAUCUCGCAUGUACUAUAAUGAGGAAUCCUGUCUCAAUUCUAUCAGUUGUCGUCUUUCUGCUCUGCAAUUCAAUGGCAAAUUCAGAUGUACUCGAAGAAAGCAGCAUUCUUCAGUGCCUUUCCAAUCAUUCUGUCACCUCCCCACCAAUCUCUUCAGUCACCUACUUCCCCACCAAUCCUUCCUACACCUCCAUUCUACAAUCAUACAUCAGAAAUCUUAGAUUCACAUCUGACACAACCCCAAAGCCUCUAUUCAUUGUGGUUCCGUCCCAUGUCUCUCACAUCCAAGCGUCAAUCAUUUGCUGCAAAAUCCAUGGCUGGGAAAUGAGAAUCCGUAGCGGGGGUCAUGAUUAUGAUGGCCUUUCUUAUGUGUCGGCAGCUCCAUUUAUGAUCCUUGACACCUUCAAUCUUCGAUUUAUAAGCGUCGACAUGGAGGAUGAAAGUGCUUGGGUUCAGUCGGGUGCCACACUGGGUGAACUUUUCUAUCGAAUUGCAGAAAAGAGUAAGACCCAUGGCUUCCCAGCUGGAGUUUGUCCCACAGUAGGUGUCGGUGGCCAUUUCAGUGGAGGUGGGUAUGGUAACAUGAUGAGAAAACAUGGAUUGUCUACUGAUAAUAUUGUCGAUGCACAGCUAGUGGAUGCUAAUGGCAGAAUUUUGGAUAGAGAAUCAAUGGGAGAGGAUCUAUUUUGGGCCAUCAGAGGAGGUGGUGGAGCUAGCUUUGGAGUCAUUCUUUCAUGGAAAAUCAAGUUAGUUUCUGUCCCAGAAAUUGUUACUGUUUUUAGAAUAGAAAAGACAUUAGAACAAGGUGCAACAGAUAUUGUUCAUAAAUGGCAAUAUAUUGCUGAUAAAAUAGAUGAAAAUCUGUUCAUUAGAGUGGUUCUGCUACCAGUGACUAAAACGCAUUUACCGUCCAUCAAAGCUAAAUUCAUCGCAUUGUUUCUUGGAAAUGCGGAAAAACUUAUUUCCCUAAUGAAUGGAACAUUUCCUGAACUGGGUUUAUCGCCUAUGAAUUGUAGUGAAAUGAGCUGGAUUGAGUCUGUCCUGUUUUGGUCUAAUUAUCCAAAAGGAACAUCCUUGGAGGUUUUGCUUAAUCGGCAACCUCAACCAGAGAAGUACUUGAAAAAGAAAUCAGACUAUGUGCAGGAACCGAUUUCCAAGAAGGAUCUUGAAGGGAUUUGGAAGAAAAUGAUUGAACUGCGAAGACCAGCAUUAACAUUAAAUCCUUAUGGUGGGAAAAUGAGUGAGAUUUCAGAGUCUGAAACUCCAUUUCCUCACAGAGUAGGGAACAUAUACAAAAUCCAAUACUCAGUGACUUGGAAAGAGGAUGGCCCUGAGGCUGCAGAUCGCAGUUUGGAUCAGAUUGCAAGGAUUUAUGAUUAUAUGACACCUUAUGUAUCAAAAUCUCCUAGAAGUUCAUAUCUCAACUACAGAGAUGUGGACAUAGGGAUCAAUGAAAUUGGCAAUGCAAGCUACUCAGAGGCUAAGGUAUGGGCAAGUAAGUAUUUCAAGGGAAAUUUUGACAGAUUGGUACAAGUAAAAAGUAUGGUAGAUCCAGGCAACUUUUUCAGAUAUGAACAAAGCAUUCCAUCUCUUACAUUCUGGAAGAGUACAAUGGCAGAAUAGAAGUUAGUUCAUGUACCUUGUGUAUUUCCUUGAGGCUAUGCUAGUUCCCUGAACAUACAGACAAUGACAACAAAUCUUCACUCAUAAAUCAGAAUAUUUACACCUAAUGCUCAUCCCUGUUGAAAAGAAAACCAAGUACUUGUUUAUUUGUUUACCAUUUUAUUUGUUAUAGAAUUAACUUAGAAACUAUUUGUUGCGAACUAAAAGUUGAGCAAUAUUGUAUAAUGUUCAUCCCUGUUACAGAAUUAGAUUCCAGAGAGAAUAUAAUGAAGAAAGGGAGAGUUUCUGCAAUCUAAAGAGCACACACACUGCACUUAAAAAUGCAGAGAAAAUGUGAUGAAAGGGAGAAAGUUUUCUGCAGAAUGAAGAAUAGUUUUGCUUUAAA